AGUCAGGACGGGAAAGGAGGCAUCCAGAAAGAUCGAGUUCGAGCUACGGUCAGGGUUCGGAUUAGGGUUUUCGGAACGCCUCCGCUCUUCUGAUUUCUAUUGCAGGACUAGAUCAACUGAGAUUGCGUGGUUGCGAAUACGAGAUCGGAUUCAAGGGAAUUGUGCAGUUAUGGGCCAGGAUAGAUUGAUGAAGAGGAUGUCAAUUUCGAACCCUUGCAAGCUGAUAGAUAAUUUGUGGGAUGAAUUUGCUCAAAAUGAUGUUCUUGUCAUGCCUUAUCGAGGUGGUGAAGUGAAUGAAUCAGUGGAUGUCAGUGGUGCCUACCAGAAGUCACGGCAUGUAGGAAGUAAUGUUGGAAAGAGCACUGGUAGCAGAGGAUUGACUAGAACUGUACUCUGGAAGAAAGAAAAACCAUAUCUGUUUCCUCCUAUGAAUUAUGGGAACCCUGAUCCUGAGUGCAUUCCUAAUGCCAUUAUGAGAGUGUCCCAGGAUGCUGAAGUCUCUGAUAGUUGUAUAACGGACUGCACCAUAAACCCAGAUAGCAAUAUAUUUUGCACAGGAAACUCUAUCGUUGGGACUGGUGGUUCAACAGAUAGGAGCAAUGACUGCUGUUUCUUAUUUGAUGAUGCUUCUCCAGCUGUUAAGGAUACCGACCUUUUGGAAAAUGGACAUGAGGACAGGGAAAAUGAUCUUGCAUAUUAUGACUGGCCUGAUAUCGCCAAUUUUGAGGAUAUUGACAAAAUGUUCAGUGAUUCCACAUCUGGACAAGGGUGUACAGACAACGCGAACGAGCUAUCAUGGUUUCCCUCUUUGUCACACUCCAUUUAUGGUUCAGAAGUUACUUCUGAUCCAGGCUUACAAUCCUCAUGUUCAGAGUUGAGUAUGCUGAAUAACGCAUUGGAACAUCAGUCUGCGAACAUCAACUUUUCGCCUAAAAUUGAUUCACCAUCUGCUAUUAAUGAUAAUUCAUCUACUGUUGGCUAUCAACUUAAUGUCGAUUUGUUGGAUGCUGGUGCUGGAAAUAAUGACAAAUUUGCAUCCAAAAAAUUUUAUGAUCAGAGGGAUGAGAUGAAGUUAUCAGCUCUUAACCAGACUUGCAGUGGAAAUGGCUUUAGUGGAUCGGAGGACCUAGAUAUGAUAACUGCUAUUGAAAGCCAACACUCGUCAGAAAAAAAGAUAAUACAGCAACUUGCAGAUCAGAAGCAUCCCUCUUCUGCUGUUUCAGCUUCUGAAGCAUACCAAUCUGAAAAUAUGCUGGAGCAAAAGCAUUUCUUGGGAUCUGCUUCAUCAAGUUACAUGCACACUUUCAAUCCUUAUUCAGACUUGGAACCUAGUUUUCCUGCACAUCAAGUUACAUGUACACAAACGACAUUAAGUAAGGCAUUCAAAAAUGUUACUGAACUUUCCUCUUCUCAUAGAGUCUUGGAUCAUGUUACAACUGAUUCCUACCAACGCAUAAAGAGGUUGCCUAAUGAAUCAUCUUUGCCUCCAACAAUGACAUCAGAGGGAAAAAUGGAGAAACAUAGACAGCAGUUACAUGGUACAAUGACUGUUGACCACAGGCAACAGCAUGCAUCGUGCACAAGUAAAACUAUGGUUCUGAAAAAUCAGCACAAAUCUCAGCAUGAGAUAGGAUGCAGCAGUGAACAAGGAGAAGGAAGCAUAGAACUUUCCGCCAUUGGGAUGGAUUCUUCUUUAGUGCAUGAGAACUCUUUCAUGACAACUAUUUCUUCUGAUGGCAUCUCGCUAGAACCAACCAGUUUUCAACAGCUUCAAGACGUUAUUGAUCAGUUGGAUGUUAGAACAAAGCUGUGCAUGAGAGACAGUUUAUACCGUUUGGCAAGGAGUGCUAGACAAAGACAUAAUUUUUCUAACACAAGCAAUUGCAGCAGAGAGAGUAGAGAUGCAAGAGGCAUCCAAAGUACAGAAACAUCAGAUAUGUGUGAAGAACUUACAAAUGCUGAAACUGGAACAAAUCCAAUAGAUCGAUCUGUAGCUCAUCUACUUUACCACAAGCCUUCAGGCCCUUCUACAGGACCUGCUGAUGAUGCCAUAUCAUUCGAGUCUCGCAUCAUUGUAAGUUGGUAGUUGUAGCAGUUUGAACUUGCUGAGCAGUGAUCAACAAUAAGAAAAACUCCGCACUCCAGCAACAUUCUUCUCCUUGGAAACUAUCAUUUGUAAGUAGACUACUCAAAGAUAGUGCAUGUAUAUUAGUUACACUUCGGUGGUAAGUUAAGAGAGUGAUGAAAUAUUGUGUAUAUACUUGUAUGCCUCAAAGAUUGUUAGGGUGCACUGACAUGUAUUUAGCUGAUGCUUGUGCUAAGCUAGUACGUGCUGGUAUUUUUGCUUCUCACUGUGCCACUUGCACAAACCAACUAAAGCAUUGAACUACGCAAUGAAAAAAGCAUAUGGUGUAGCCAUUGGAGUGUUUUGUGGAGCUCAGAAGAACCGGAGGUAUUUACAGCUACUAUGAUUGUAACAAGAUAAUAGACUGUUGCAAUUAAUUAAUAUUCCAUUAUUGUUGUUACC